AAAACCCAUAGAAGAAGAACAGAAGACGUAAUAAAGUGAGGAUCUCUGGGUUGUUGCAAUGGUCAGAUUAUCAUUUUUUUGCCACAAAUUCCACAACCCGGAGUUGCUAUGAAGGCGGGGGCCUCGUCCAUGUGGGCUUCAUGCUGUGGUCUGCUGAAUGAAGUCAUGGGCACAGGGGCAGUUAGAGGCCAGCAGCCUGGGUUCGGAGCCGGUGCCGGACCCUUCCGGUUUGCCCCCAGCGCAGGAUACGCCACAUAUCCACCCACAACCUCAGGGAGCCCCAGCCUCGUAUGUAAGGCCUGUGGCCAGGCCUUCUCCGUCUUCAGGAGGAAGCAUAUCUGCUGCGACUGUAAGAAGAGUUUCUGCACUCUGUGCUCCGUGCUUCAGGAGAACCUGCGUAUAUGUGCCACAUGCCACCUGCUGAAGGGGACGGCCUUCCAGAGACCACAGCUGAUGCGGCUGAGGGUCAAAGACCUGCGGCAGUACCUGCUGCUACGCAACGUCCCCACAGACACAUGCAGGGAGAAGGAGGACCUGGUGGACCUGGUGCUGUGUCACCAGGGGACCGAGGGGGAGGAGGACCACGACAACUCCCGCUCCCUCUACACCCUGCCUCCCUCCGCCACACGCUCCGCCUCUGAGCUGUCUGCGCUCUCAGUCUCCGCCUCUCAGGGGGAAGCUCUCAGCAGGAGCGACAGCUCAGGGACUACCAACCAGGAUAUAGGAGACGCCACGUCUCUCUCCCUCCUGAACCUGGAAUCCAGUGAGCACACACCAGAGGUGAGCCCUCAGAUGCGGACGCGAGCGCGGGCCUCUCUCUCAGACAUCUCCAGCCUGAGGGACAUCGAGGGCCUGUCAGUUAGACAGCUGAAGGAGAUCCUGGCCAGGAACUUUGUCAACUAUUCAGGCUGCUGUGAGAAGUGGGAGCUGGUAGAGCGUGUCAGCCGCCUGUACAGGGAGACCGAGGAGAACAGGAAGUCAUUGGAAAACGUGAACACAGCUAUAACUGCAGUGGUGGCCUUGCCCCCUCCUCCCAUCUGCAAUGGAGGGAUUGGAGAUGGGGAGAAGGCCCAGCUGACCAAUGUGGAUGACAACCUGUGCAGGAUCUGCAUGGACGCCGUGAUCGACUGCGUCCUCCUGGAGUGCGGUCACAUGGUGACCUGCACCAAGUGUGGCAAGCGGAUGAGCGAGUGUCCCAUCUGCAGGCAGUACGUCGUGAGAGCCGUGCACGUUUUCAAGUCCUAAUGUCUCAACCCACCACUUCCAUCAUCAUCACCACCACCGUGUCACAUCUUCAACAAAACAUUCACAUCCAGAGAAACAGAUCUUUGUGUUGUUCUGUCCUAGUUGUGGGUGUUCUGUUGUUAUCCCCUGAAAUGCUUACAUUAUUUGUGAACUUGAUCAUGAAUUUGAGAAAUGAAGUGUUCUCAUUAUUUUUUUCCAUUUAUGUUUUGGGGGACUAAUCAGUGUUUGACCAAUGAAAAGGAGAGCAGCAGUCUACCCUUGUAUUUACCCAUUCCAUUCCAUUACUAAACACAUCCUUGACGUUUUGUUAUCUACCGUAUCUUUAUGUUAUGCUUUUUCUUACUAAUGUUGACUUUUAAACAAGAAUGUGAGCUGUGAGUGCGCACCAUCGUUCCCAGGUACCUACAGAGUGAACCACUAAUUGUGACUUGUAACUCACUGUUCCUCCUGUCCCAAUGACCAAACCCAUCAUGUAAUGUCUUCCCAUAUAGAGGUCAAUUUUGAUUUGAAAGGAAGUCUCAUAUUUGUGUUUUAAUUCUGUCAUAACGGCAAUAUCCAAUAUCUUAUCUGCUCUUUGUCAUAGUCUUAGCACUGAAUGUUAAGAUGAAAAAGAAAACUGGUGCUAAAUACAUUCAAAUAUGUUUUUUCUGUUUGUUAAUAUACCAACUUGUGGAUAUCGUCACAAACAAACUUUUCAGGAAAUGGUCAAAAUGACCAUAUUUUCCCAUUAACGAACAUACAAUAAUGAAACUUCAGAAGCUAUUUCGAAUACAUUUUCUUGGUCCUAGAGUCAUCAAAUGUUCAGAGCACAACAUUGAGGGGAGUUACUGCUUUUAAUAAAUGGAAAAACUAAAUGCAAAUUUACAAUUGAGUUAUGAGCACGUAAUUCCAUCAGGCAGCGACAAUGCUUUGAAUAUUUUCAGUUUCCUUUCUUGGAAGUGGAGGGGAUAUUGUCUGUUUUUAAUUGAUACGUUAUUGUAGUUUUAAUCAAAUAUAUAGCUGCAAGUUAACUGGCACUUGUGGAAUAUGAAGUAUGUAGAGGAAAAGUGACUUGCUGUACAGUUGCAUAUAAUGUUUCAUAUCACUAUGAGAUGUACAUAUCUAUAUUUUUUCCAUUUGAUUUGAAUGUGUAAUUGAAUUGAAGAUGUCCCUCAGAUUAGUUUAUUAUUAAAGAGUAAGGUUUCACUGUCA